GGGACGCAAUGGUGGCCAGAGAUCAAAAUUUGCACCUAGAGACAGAAUCUCAGGGCAACUAUGGGCACCGAUAUUAAAGUGGGAAAGCACUACAGGCGCCUUAAACUGUUUACUAUUUGCAUGUUGUACCAGGGUUACUAUUUGGAAGCAUGUACCGUGUUCGUGUCGUAUCACAUUGGCAGAUAUAAAUAAUUCGCAAGUCCCGUACCUGCUAGUUUUGUCAACCCAUCACUUUCGCUAUCAAAAUGGUUAAUUUAGUUUCAGUUGUGUGUUCUGCCUUGGUUCUAGCAGCAAACUUAGCUGGUGCUGCCGAUUUGCCCGAAAUCGAGGUUAUUGGAAACAAGUUUUUCUUUUCCAACAAUGGCUCCCAGUUCUUGAUGAGAGGUAUUGCCUACCAACAAAACACCGCAAACGAAACUGAUACGACUUUCAAAGAUCCUCUUGCUGAUGCUGAUUCUUGUAAGAGAGAUAUCAAGUACUUCACAGAUUCCAACACAAACGUGUUGAGAGUUUACGCAGUCAACACGACCUUGGAUCACGACGAGUGUAUGAAUGCUUUGGCAGAUGCUGGUAUCUACAUUAUUGCUGACUUGUCGCAACCUUCGGAAUCCAUCAACAGAGAUUCCCCCGAAUGGAACUUGGACUUGUACAAAAGAUACACCGAUGUCAUCGAUAUGUUCUCCAACUAUUCUAACGUGUUGGGUUUCUUUGCUGGUAAUGAAGUGACCAAUAACAAGUCCAACACUGAUGCUUCUGCCUUCGUUAAAGCUGCCAUUAGAGACAUGAAGAGUUACAUUUCUGAAAAGAAGUACAGAAAGAUUCCUGUUGGCUAUUCGUCAAAUGACGAUGGAGACAUUAGAGUCGCCAUUGCAGACUACUUUGCCUGUGGUGAUGAAGAUGAAAGGGCCGAUUUCUUUGGUAUCAACAAUUACGAAUGGUGUGGUGACAGCAGUUUUGAAGCAUCAGGAUAUGAAGCUGCCACCAAGCAAUACCAAAACUUGACCAUUCCUGUCUUUUUCUCUGAAUACGGAUGUAACGAGGUGACUCCAAGAAAGUUUACUGAAGUUGGAACUUUAUUCAGUGACAAGAUGACUGAUGUAUGGUCUGGUGGUAUUGUUUACAUGUACUUUCAAGAAGAAAACAAAUACGGUUUAGUUUCUGUCAAGGGUCUGUCCGUCUCUACAUUAUCAGACUUUGGUUACUAUUCUUCUGAAAUCAACAAGAUUUCCCCAUCGUACGCUAAAGCUUCCAGUGCUUCUCAAGCUGCUCACUCAACUCUUUCUUGUCCUGCUUCAGCAUCUACUUGGAAGGCUGCUUCAAGCUUGCCACCAACUCCCGACAAGGAUACUUGUGACUGUGUCGCCAGUACUUUGGAGUGUGUGGUUGCUGAUGAUGUUGCCAGUAAGAACUACGGAGACUUGUUUGGUUUUGUUUGUGACAAGAUUGACUGCUCUGAUAUCACUGCAAAUGCAGAAAACGGAACCUACGGUGGCUUUUCCUACUGUUCUGAUAAGGAUAAGUUAUCUUACAUUUUGAACUCUUACUAUAACGAGAAUGGCAAAGAAAAGUCUGCUUGUGACUUCAGUGGCUCCGCUUCUAUUAACAAGAGUGCAUCUAGUGACAAGUCCUGUUCCUCCAAGAUUUCAAAAGCUACCAGUGGCUCCUCGGGUUCUUCUGGUUCUGGUUCUAGUUCCGGCUCUGGCUCCAGCAGUUCCAGUAAGAGCACUUCGAGCUCAAAGUCCAGUAAGAGCUCAGACGGACACAUCUCCCAAAAGAGAGUAUCCAGAACAGAAUUAUUUGCAAUUGCUGGUAUUGUGACCGCAUUUGCUGGUGGUGUUUCAUUUAUCUUGUUUGAGUAAUUCAGUUAGUCAAAUAUGUAUAUGCGUUUAUUUAUUUAGUAGUCUAUUGUAGUGUACAGUGUUCUAUGGUUA